AUGGCCGAGUACGCAACUCCUCCACGACCCGGCCCUGGUGGCUAUACAAACACACCCGCUCCCCAGGCUCGGCUUCCAGCGCCUUCCUUUACUGCAACACCUGCACCGCAAAGAUACACCCAGGCAGGCGCAGCCAUUUCUGGAACAGGCCCGAGUCAGGCAGCCCUGCCUUCACAUCGUCCACAAGAGAAUGUGACUGCUGCUCAAAGAACUAGUCGAGCUGUCAAUGAGGCCUUGAGAUCGGUUGAACGUACCAAUUCGCUUGAGGAGGAAUAUGGUGGUCGGCUGGCUCAAAACUAUGAUAUACGCAAAACUCCUGUAUGGGCACCCUUCGAGAGGUUUCGGCACUAUGUUAUUCCUGAUCAAAUAUUCGAACAAUUAAAUCGCGCCAACGUGGCCACUAACAUGGGGCUGUUCGCUGAAUUGCACUAUGCAUGGGUCACAGUCGAUAACGCCCUAUAUCUGUGGGAUUAUACUCAGAACAAUCCUGAGCUACUCGGCUUCGAGGACCAGAGAUACAACAUAGACUCGGUGCAGCUAGCCAAACCGAAACCGGGUGUGUUCCUGGAAUCCAUCAACCACAUGAUCGUGCUCGCUUCUACUGACCAGAUCAUGUUACUGGGACUGGGCGUGGACCCAAGCGCACCCACUACAGCCUUGUCACUUUUCCAGACUGGUCUUACUGCUUCUGUCAAGGGUCUUAGAGUCAACAAUAUAGUUAGUUCUGCAAGGACUGGUCGUGUUUUCUUUAGCAGUGAAACGGACAAUGAAGUGCGUGAGUUACGCUAUCAAGCUCAAGAUUCCUGGUUCGCGAGCCGCUGCUCUAUCGUCAACCAUACUCAAGGUCGCUUUGACACCUUUACUGGUGCCUUGAAAUCCUUCACUUCUGGCGAGACUGAAUAUGUUACCCAGAUGGACAUCGAUGACUCGCGAAAUAUCCUUUACACUCUAUCCUCAAAGUCUACCAUUCGAGCAUUCUAUGUUAGCCCUGAUGGCUACAGUCUUGAGAAGAAAGCUGAAAUCACCAUUCAGACAAUACAUCGCAGCAUUGACUACACCCUACAGAACGGUCAUAUUUCCGACAACACAAAACUUGUAUCGCUGAAUGCGAUUGGUAAAGCUGAGACACAAGCAUGGGUUCUAAUGACGACGACUGUCGAAGGGUAUCGUAUAUACCUCAGUGGAACUUUCAGCUAUACUGAACCUAGAAUACUUCAAGCUCUUGCUGCAAAUCACACACGAACCCCGCCACAACUACGACCUCCUCCUGAUGAUGCUGUGCAAAUUCAACCCAAUGAAAGAAAUGCCUAUCUCACCCAAGUCAUAUCAGCAUAUCGCUUCCCUCCAGGAUACUUCUUCGCCGCCAUCUCGCGCUCGCACAACGCUUCUCAGGAGCAUCUCUUUGUGUCCGUACCCGACUCCCAAGCUGAUGUCUCCUUUCAACGUUCACAACAAGGCACUCCCGAGUCUUCGUCAUGGAUAGAACUUCAUAGUCAAGUUAUGGCCAUUGGCUUGCAGACACCGUAUAGAGGUGCGACAUCGAUGCCAAAAGGGUUUGGCUAUGAGCUGGCCGUGCAGUUCGAUGAGCCAGUGCCAGAAAUUGCAAUCUUGACCAAUACUGGAGUGCAUGUCCUACGCAGAAAGAGAUUUGUUGAUAGCAUAUCAACGUUGAUUAGACAGGGUGGAGCUCAAGAGGGCUUCCAAGUCGAGAUUCAGAAAUUGAUUCAAAAAUACGGUCGCCAAGAAGUCCUUGCUGAUGCACUUGCAGUUGCUUGCGGUCAAAGCCUUGAAACAGCUUCGGAGCGAAAACUACGGAUUAACGAUCCUGAAGUUCUCGAAGCUGCACGAAAAAUCUUCAUAGAAUAUGGUGGUCGACCGAGCAUAGAUCAGAACCUCACUUCAGCUGUACCUGCCCCAAUAGAUGCAGUCCGACCCUCGCCAAGAUAUGAAGCUGCUGUCAGGUAUUUGUCCAGGUUGAUUAGAUCGACAUGGAAUCAGCCAAUAGCAAAGCAGGAAAGAACAGUCAAUGGCAUUCAGAUAGUUUCUGCUGUAAAGGUUGAGAAACUUCGUGCGGUGCAGGAGAAUCUUACAUCGUUGCAGAGGUUCUUUGACACGAACAAGAGCUUCAUUCGCGGACUUAGCGGCCCGGACGAUCUGACAAGACAGACAAGCAAGGACGAUGAAAUUGCUUUGCAGGGUGAACAUCGAGCCUUGACCUCACUAGUCAAGUUCCUGUCGGAGAUGAUCGAGGCAAUAUCUUUCGUGCUUGUGCUUUUCGAGGAGAAGGUGGUUGAGAUAAUACCUCUAUUGUCAGAAGACUCGAGGAAGCACUUCAUGAAUUUGACUUAUGAGCAUCUCGUUGCGACUGAAGUCGGGAUCGAUAUCGCCAGAGAUCUCGUAAGAGCUAUAGUGAAUCGAAAUAUUGCGAAGGGCUCCAACGUUGAGACAAUCGCGGAAGCAUUGAGGAGAAAGUGUGGUAAUUUCUGCAGCGCUGACGACGCGGUCAUCUUCAAAGCCACAGAGCUCUGGAAACGUGCUCAAGAGUCAAGAGCUAAUGUCGAGGCGUCAAGGAUAGCCCUCAACGAGAGUUUGAAACUCUUUGAAAAGGUCGCCGCGAGCUUGCCGUACAAGGAACUAGACCAAGCUGUCACAGUAUACAAAGAGCUUGAGUUUCAUGCAGGUGCCAUUCAGCUUGCAUUGCGUGUAGCCUCCGGAAAGGAUAAAACAAAUGAGGCUCAAGCUUGGGUUUCGGAUGGCAAACCAGAGAACGAUCCACGCAGAGAGAAGUUUGAGAUGAGAACACAGUUCUACAGCUUGGUGCAUACCGUCCUGGAGGCUAUCGAUGCAAAUAUACAAAACGGUCCACCAUUCGUUGACGGACGUCCUUCAAUUGCUGCAAUUCGUCGUGACGAAGCAUAUGAAGUCAUCGCUCACUCAAAGGACGAAAUUUUCCUAACCAACCUGUUCGAUUGGUACUUGACCAAAGGCUGGACCGAACGUCUGCUAAGCACCGACACCGUAUCCGAUUUCAUAGUCACCUAUCUACAGCGAAGGGCAUCUGAAGACGUCAGAUAUGCUGAUCUUCUCUGGAGAUAUUAUGGCAACAAUUCUCAAUUUCAUGAGGCAGCCAAGGUACAGCUCAAUUUGGCACAAUCUGACUUUACGGAUAUCAAGCUCGAUCAACGAAUCGAGUAUUUGUCUCGAGCACGCGCUAAUGCGUCAGCUUUCACAACGAACAACAACGCUGCGAGUCGCAAGACUAAGCAGAAACUUCUUACAGAAAUCAAUACUCUUAUUGAGGUGGCCAAUAUACAAGAUGACAUUCUUCAGCGAUUGAGUAACGAUACCCGUCUUACAGGUGACAAACGCGCCGAAGUCAUGAACGAGUUGAAUGGACCAAUGCUGUCAAUAUCAGAUCUUUUCAAUAGGUUCGCUGACAGCGCUGGAUACUACGAUGUUUGUCUGUACAUCUAUGCGAUUGCAGACCAUCGAGACGCGGCUCAGAUCAAGAACACUUGGGCACAAUUUCUUCAAGCAACGCAUGUCGCAGCACUACAAUAUGCGCAGGAAUCGCAACGCGGUGAAGCCCAAAGAGGUCAAGAAAACGUGGCUGUGCCGCUCGAUCAGGUGGUGGCAGAGAUCCGCUCAGUGGCUCAUAGACUCAAAUCUUCUGAAGCAGUCUUCCCUGUACCAACACUAAUAGAAAUGCUGGAGCGCUACAACACUCAACACCUUCAAGGAAACGUCGAGGCCAACGUAAACGAACUCUCAAUGAACCACUGGGUCCCCGACCUCUUCUUCGAAACCGAAACGUCCUACGAACUCAUCUAUGAUAGCUUAGAGACCAUCUACCUCGCCACCAACCAACCCACCACAUCCUCCACAGAACGCAGAAUCAUCCUCAGCGACCUUCUCUACGUCAUCGACCGCUGGCUCCAAGUCAGCCUCACACGUGCUGGCCAGGGCCCAUUCGGCGGUGAAGCUGGCCAAGAACGAGUCGAAGAACUACUCGUUUUCGUGACGGAAAGAUUCAGCGCACAAGAACUCGGCCAGGCUAAUUAUGUUCUCGCAUCGGAUCUGAGACAGCGAAUUAUUGAUCUGGUGGCUUAG